UUGGUAUUCUUUGUCAUUCACCUGGGUGAAACCCAUUGUAAUUGUUCAUCACAAGUCCCCCAUGCUGCGUCAUUCCAGGUUAUAGUCCAGCGCACUCUAGCGGCCAAGAACCUGUCUCACGCCAAAGGGGGAUCAAUCAUGGCCGGCUACCUCAAACUACUGCCGAUCUUCCUUAUGAUCUUCCCGGGGAUGAUUAGUCGAGCUCUGUUCCCAGACGAGGUUGCGUGCGUAGACCCAGACAUUUGCAGGGAGGUUUGCGACAACCCGGCUGGCUGUUCAAACAUAGCCUACCCCAAGUUGGUAUUGGAGUUACUCCCCUUUGGUGUGCGUGGCCUGUUGAUGGCAGUCAUGCUGUCGGCCAUCAUGAGCUCCCUGACCUCCAUCUUUAACAGUUCCAGUACAAUAUUCACUAUGGACCUGUGGCGCAGAGCCCGACCGAGGGCCACACAGCGGGAACUCCUCAUCGUGGGCAGGAUCUUCAUUGUAAUCCUGUGUGGUAUCAGUAUUGCAUGGAUUCCCCUCGUUAGAUCAUCACAAGGAGGACAACUCUUUAACUACAUCCAGUCCAUUCAGGGCUACCUGGGCACGCCGAUCGGAGCACUUUUUGUCUUAGGCGUUUUCUGGAAACGAAUGAAUGAACAGGGAGCAUUCUGGGGUAUUCUCAUCGGGCAUAUGUGCGGAGUGAUACGGAUGGGGUUAGACUUUGCCUACCCAGCGCCUGAGUGCGGAGAUCCGGAAACUCGUCCGCCGGUACUCCUAAGGGUUCAUUACACAUACUUCGGCUCCAUUAUGAUCGUCGUCACCUCUGCUGCUAUCAUCAUAAUAAGUCUGGCUACACGUCCACAGGAAGAGGAGGAGCUUGUGGGAGUGACGUGGUGGACCAGAAUGAAACCUGAAGACAAGGGAGACCACUCUACUGACAGUGAGACCGAGCAGGCAAAGGAUAACCGUCCGGCUAGUAAUGGUGUGCAAAUAGCUGAACCGGAUGAUGGGAAUGAAAGAACGGUCGGAUGUGCAAAGCGUGCCUGUAACUUUGUUUGUGGAAUGCCUGACGAUAGUUCUGGCGCGACCAGUCCAAGCACUGACGAGACCCAGACAAGGCGAUUUCUGAAGGAGAACAAGAGAUGGUCAACGGUGUUAAAUAUCAAUGCAGCCAUUGGACUAAUAGUAACAGCCUUUCUGUAUGGCUUCUACCGAUGACAUGAUAAAUCCUUCUUGGAUUUCAGCCAAUCACGAACGAGCUAUCAUCGCCUCUCUAGGCCAUUAUGUUUAAGUGUUCACGCACUUCAAUCUUUUAACCAAAUAAACUAUUAAAUUGGUUAUAAAAUGUCACCCGAGUUCAAUACUUUGCUGAGCAAGUACAGUAUGUACUUUCAAACAGCUAUAAAUAAACAAACUUUCUAAUUUGGGAUACAAGAUAUAGAAUUAAACAAAUUUAAA